AUGAACACGGUAAGAUCAGUAGGCUACGGCUGGGGAGUCCUGAUCGUUGCUGGAGGAGGCUCCUACUACUUUGCGAAGCGUAGCAUCAACGCAGAUCGGGAAGAGAGAGCACAUGCGGAAGAAAUGCGACGACAGAAUGCAGAGAAGCAGCGCGUAGCAGAGGCAAUGGCCCGGAGCAGUAACAUGGCAAAGAAGGCGAAGCGCAAAAGCGAUCACCCAUCACCCAGUGACGAGGCUGGUGGCGAUCCCGCAGCUGUGGAGCACGAAAUACCGCAGAGCAAAUUCGCCGCCUCGGAGCCUUAUAGAUCGAAAAGAGGCGAUCGAUUUAGUUGA